GUUCAGUUUUGUAUUCAAUUCUUUGCUCUUAGUCCUACAAACAGAAGCAAGACAGCACACAGUGACGCCUUCAGGAUGUGGGUCAUCACUGUCAUCUCUGUGGCCUGUCUGUUAGUCAGUCCAUCCCUGGCUGGAAUCAAAGACCUCAGUUCUCACUUCACUGACCCUAAACCGGAACCCAGAAGCUUUGAGCCAGAUGGGGAAGUGAGCAUAGACGCCAUUCCACUGGAGUUCCACAAAGAAAACACUGUCACUAAUGACCUAGUUUUUGAUGGUUUUGAGGAUGAAGAUUACAUUGAUUUCGAUAAGAUCCUGGCAGCAGGCAGUGAUGACUACAUUGAAGGGGACGAGAUAGAUGAGAUUGCCACACCAGCCCCAGACAUCGAUAUCUUUGCCGAACCCUCCGACCCAAAGAUUCGUCGUGCCAGACUCCUACGGCUCUUCCACGGUCGCUCUCGCCUUCAACGCCUCAACAACGUCAAUGCCCGUUUUGGCUUUAAUCUCUAUCGAAGCCUUCGUAACGACGUCAACCAGAGUGACAAUAUCCUGCUAGCACCUGCGGGAAUCUCCAUCGCUAUGGGGAUGAUGUCGUUAGGGGCAGGACCUGGAACCCAUGAUCAGAUCUACCAAGCUCUGGGAUUUGCUGAUUUUGUCAAUGCCAGCCACCACUAUGACAAUACAACAGUGCACAAGCUCUUCAGGAAGCUAACACACAGGCUCUUCAGGAGGAACUUUGGUUACACACUACGCUCUGUAAACGAUGUCUACAUAAAGAAGGAUGUCGCAGUCAAAGAUGCCUUCCGUGCAGAGACAAAGGCUUAUUAUUUUGCAGAACCCCAGUCAGUGGACUUCAGGGACCCUGCCUUUCUGGAAAAGGCUAACCGUCGCAUCCAAAAGCUGACGAAAGGGCUGAUCAGGGAACCACUCAAGAGUGUGGACCCAAAUAUGGUGCUGAUGCUGCUCAACUACCUGUAUUUCAAAGGUACAUGGGAACAGAAAUUCCCCAAAGAAAUGACUCACUAUCGCAACUUCAGAGUCAACGAAAAGACAAGUGUACGUGUGCCAAUGAUGACCAACAAGGGGAACUAUCUGGCUGCUGCUGACCACGAACUCGAAUGUGACAUUCUACAGCUCCCAUACACAGGAAACAUCAGCAUGCUCAUUGCCUUGCCAAGGAAGAUCACCGGCAUGAGGACUUUGGAGCAGGAGAUCUCCCCCACUGUUGUCAACAAGUGGCUCAAAAACAUGACAAACAGGACUCGUGAGGUUGUGCUGCCUCGGUUUAAACUGGAGCAGAAUUAUGACUUAAUUGAAAAUAUGAAGGAGAUGGGCCUGACUGACUUGUUCCAGGAGAGUGGAGAUUUCACUGGCAUGACCUCUGAAAAGGUUGCCAUGAACUGGCUGAAGCACCAAGGAACCAUCACUGUGAAUGAAGAGGGGACAGAAGCUGCUGCUCUGACCCAGGUGGGCUUCAUGCCUCUCUCCUCUCAGAUCCGCUUCACCGUGGAUCAUCCCUUCCUCUUCCUGAUCUAUGAGCACCGCACAGACUGCCUUGUGUUCAUGGGCCGUGUGGUCAAUCCCUCACGGAGCUAAACUUCAACAAACAGCUAAACUAUUCACUACAAAUUCCAUCUUUGGUUAGAAACUAAGUUUUAAUGAACCUCAGAAAUAUUACUGAUUUUAAUACCUGAGGUGCUAGUCAAUUAUUCCCAUUGGUACAGUAUGUAAAAUGUGACAAGUAAUGAGUCUUUAUGUGUAUUUAGUCUCUUACUGAACAUUUAAACUUCUCCUUCAUCUUGCCCAAAGUGCUGAGUUUGUCUGAAUGACUCAAUGAAUGCUUGUUAUCUGUCAAU